AUAAAUAUAUAUUUUUCUCUCCUUGCAGGCGUGUGAUGCCAAACGCAGCCAUGAAGAAGAAGGUUCUCCUGAUGGGCAAGAGCGGCUCUGGCAAAACCAGCAUGAGGUCCAUCAUCUUUGCCAACUACAUCGCCCGCGACACCCGCCGACUGGGCGCCACAAUCGACGUGGAGCACUCGCAUGUCCGCUUCCUGGGCAACCUGGUCCUCAACCUCUGGGACUGCGGCGGCCAGGACACCUUCAUGGAGAACUACUUCACCAGCCAGAGGGACAACAUCUUCCGCAACGUCGAGGUUCUGAUUUACGUCUUUGACGUCGAGAGUCGGGAGCUUGAGAAGGACAUGCACUACUACCAGUCGUGCCUGGAGGCCAUCUUGCAGAACUCGCCUGAUGCCAAAGUCUUCUGCCUGGUCCACAAGAUGGACUUGGUCCAGGAGGAUCAGCGCGAGCUGAUUUUCAAGGAGAGGGAGGAGGAUUUGAAGCGGCUCUCGCGCCCACUGGAGUGCGCCUGCUUUCGGACCUCCAUCUGGGAUGAAACUCUCUACAAGGCGUGGUCGAGUAUAGUCUACCAGCUUAUCCCCAACGUUCAGCAACUGGAGACCAACCUGAGGAAUUUUGCGCAGAUCAUUGAAGCCGACGAGGUCCUUCUUUUUGAGCGGGCAACUUUCCUGGUGAUUUCCCACUAUCAGUGCAAAGAGCAGCGAGACAUCCACCGAUUUGAGAAAAUCAGCAAUAUCAUCAAACAAUUCAAACUGAGCUGCAGCAAACUGGCCGCCUCUUUCCAGAGCAUGGAGGUACGCAAUUCGAAUUUCGCCGCCUUCAUCGACAUCUUCACCUCCAACACCUACGUGAUGGUCGUCAUGUCCGACCCUUCCAUACCUUCUGCUGCCACCCUGAUCAACAUCCGCAAUGCUCGCAAGCACUUUGAGAAGCUGGAGAGGGUGGACGGGCCCAAGCACAGCCUCCUCAUGCGCUGAGUGGCACAGCGCCGACUGCUUCUGCCCAGGGAGGCUCAGCCGACCCUGGAAAAGGGUGCAACUGUCUGCAACUCUGGAAAUGGCAAUUAAAUUUGGAAUGUUAUGAGAUAAUAAAUGCACAUCCUGUAUGUCUAAUAAAUGCACCACUGUCUGUC